GAUGAGAAAACACCGAUUCUACAAGCUCAAAACCUCAAAACCCAUCGUCAUUCUCAUUUCUUCAAUUUCUUCUUCCUCUUCUUUUUCUUCACAUUGACACAAAAUCGGAAACUUUGAAGGAUGAAGUUCCAAAUAGAGGACGUAACAGUGUACUUCCCCUACGACAACAUCUACCCGGAGCAAUACGCAUACAUGCUUGAGCUCAAGAGAGCGCUCGACGCAAAAGGACACUGCCUCCUCGAGAUGCCCACCGGCACCGGCAAGACCAUCGCACUCUUAUCACUCAUCACCAGCUACGUCCUCUCCAAGCCCCACGCGCCUCUCAAGCUUCUCUAUUGCACGCGCACCGUUCACGAGAUGGAGAAGACCCUUGCUGAACUCAAGCUUCUCCAUGACUACCAGAUUCGCCACCUUGGUCCCGCAGCUAAGAUUCUUGCGCUUGGAUUGUCCUCCAGGAAGAACCUCUGUGUCAAUCAGAGGGUUCUUGCGUCGGAGAAUAGGGAUUCCGUUGAUGCUGGCUGCCGGAAAUUGACCGCCAGCUGGGUUAGGGCGCUUGCCGCCGAGAACACCUCCGUGCCUACCUGCGAGUUCUUCGAGCAGUACGAGAGGGCUGGCUCUGCUGCGGUGCUUCCGCCUGGUGUUUAUACAUUGCAGGAUCUGAGAAUAUUUGGGAAGGAAAAGGGGUGGUGUCCUUAUUUUUUGGCACGACAUAUGGUGCAGUUUGCCAAUGUAGUGGUGUAUAGCUAUCAGUAUUUGCUUGAUCCUAAGGUAGCUGGCAUAAUAUCUAAGGAAAUGCAGAAAGAGUCAGUUGUUGUAUUUGACGAGGCUCAUAAUAUUGAUAAUGUGUGUAUUGAAGCACUUAGUGUGAGUGUGAGGAGGCAGACUAUUGAAGGUGCUAGAAGAAAUCUCCAUAGAAUGAGCCAGGAAAUUGACAAGUUCAAGGCCACUGACGCCGGUAGACUCCGUGCUGAAUACAACAGGCUUGUUGAGGGAUUAGCACUAAGAGGAGACCUCCCAGCCACGGAUGCUUGGCUUGCAAAUCCGGCACUGCCUGAUGAUAUACUAAAGGAAGCUGUACCUGGAAAUAUACGCCGUGCUGAACAUUUUAUGCAAGUUUUACGUAGAUUAGUUCAAUAUCUUGAAGGACGCUUGGAAACUGAGAAUGUGGAGAAGGAAGGCCCUGUAGGCUUUGUUACCUCCAUUCUUAACCAUGCUGGAAUUGACCAGAAAACACUGAAAUUCUGUUAUGACCGGCUGCAUUCAUUGAUGAUGACGUUGGAAAUUACAGAUACUGAUGAGUUCCUACACAUCCAAACUAUAUGUGAUUUUGCCACACUUGUGGGCACAUAUGCUCGUGGUUUUUCCAUCAUAAUUGAACCAUUUGAUGAAAGAAUGCCGCAUAUUCCGGAUCCUGUAUUGCAGCUCUGUUGCCAUGAUGCUUCUCUUGCCAUAAGGCCAGUGUUCGAGAGGUUUCAGUCAGUUGUGAUUACAUCAGGCACACUUAGCCCUAUAGAUCUGUAUCCCCGGCUUCUGAAUUUCAACCCUGUUGUUAGUCGAAGUUUUACAAUGUCCUUAACAAGAGAUUGUAUAUGCCCCAUGGUUCUUACCCGUGGCAGUGAUCAGCUUCCAGUCAGUACCAAAUUUGAUAUGAGAAGUGAUCUGGGUGUAGUAAGGAAUUAUGGAAGGCUCCUGUUGGAGAUGGCUUCAGUUGUUCCAGAUGGGAUCGUAUGCUUCUUUGUCAGCUACUCAUAUAUGGAUGGGAUAGUCAAUACCUGGAAUGAAACUGGAAUCCUGAAGGAAAUAAUGCAGCAUAAGCUUGUCUUCAUAGAAACCCAAGAUGUAGUCGAAACCACAUUAGCUCUUGACAACUAUCGCAAGGCCUGUGAUUGUGGAAGAGGCGCUAUAUUUUUUUCCGUUGCUAGGGGAAAGGUUGCUGAAGGUAUAGAUUUUGAUCGUCAUUAUGGGAGACUAGUAAUCAUGUUUGGUGUUCCUUUUCAGUAUACAUUAAGCAAGAUUUUGCUUGCACGCCUGGAAUACCUGCGCGAUACUUUUCAAAUUAAGGAAGGAGAUUUUCUUACUUUUGAUGCCUUGAGACAAGCUGCUCAGUGUGUGGGUCGGGUAAUCCGUUCAAAGGCUGAUUAUGGAAUGAUGAUUUUUGCAGACAAAAGAUAUAGUCGUCACGACAAACGCUCCAAGUUACCUAGUUGGAUACUCUCUCAUCUACAUGAUGCCCACCUAAACUUGAGCACAGACAUGGCUUUGCAUACGGCACGCGAGUUUCUUAGGAAAAUGGCACAACCUUACGACAAGACCGGUGGCAGUACGGGCAGGAAGACACUGUUGUCUCAAGAAGACUUGGAGAAGACGGCUGAUGGAAGCUUUGUUGAGUCGUUGUUUUGAGGCUUUUAUUUGUUUUUUUGGCUCCCAAAUUUUUUACUUUGAGUGGGGAUGGGUAGCUCUUCCCUUUGGAUGUAAAGAAAGUGCAUAUUGGCGAAAAUGGUGCCAUGCAGCAUGGAAGGGACCCAAAACCUUAGAUUUUAUGUUCUGUUGAGGCUUGUAAUGGGAUUAUUGGAAACUAGGUAACUCUAUAUUUACUAUACAUGCAUUUUUACCA